AACCUUCAAGAUCACAUCAAUGGCUUCGCGUUUCCAGGCGAUAACACUGGUGGAUUCACCAUCGUACCCUAACUCCAUCGCCUGGUCCGACGAGAACCUGAUUGCCGUUGCAUCCGGUCACCUCGUUACUGUUCUGAAUCCGGCAUUGCCCUUUGGACCUCGAGGCCUGAUCAGUAUUUCCAAGAGUGAACCUUACUCCAUUGGGGUUGUAAAAAGAGAAGAUCUAGCAUCUGGCUGUUUGUUACCGACUACUUUAAGUCGGGAUUCUCGUCCUUCUGUUCGGUCAAUUUCUUGGUCUCAUCUUGGAAUGGCUCCUAACUCUGGGUGCUUGCUGGCUGUUUGCACCACAGAAGGGCGUGUAAAGCUCUAUCGUCCUCCCUUUUGUGAUUUCUGUGCUGAUUGGAUAGAGGUUUUGGAUAUAACUGAUAGGCUUUAUGAUUAUCUUGCAAGUAUUAGUUUUGAGGAUCCAGAUAUUCCUCCCUCAGAAAUUUCUAGUGUAAGUCCUUUCUUGUAUAGUAGAUCCAUGGAAUCUGAAGGGCGAAAAAGUUCACAUCAGCCAGUUCCUGCUAUCCAAACUAGAGGGAGACCCGACAAGCAAAUACCUGAAGUUUGUAGCCUACCUUUGAUAACUGCAGAUCAAUAUGCUUCACGUAGUGCAAUGCUAUCAUCACUUGUUGUUGCCUGGUCUCCUCUGCUUAAAUUAUCAUUUGAAAUUUGUGGGGCUCCUGAAAAUAAAUCAUCCAACUGCUUCUCUCUUCUAGCGGUUGGUUCAAAGCCUGGUAAAAUUUCAUUAUGGAGAAUUACUUCACCUCAAUACUACUCAGUUGAGCGAAGUAUGACCCCUACUAUGGUGGAGCUCAUUGGGAUCCUUAUGGCACACAGUUCCUGGGUCACCGCUAUAAGUUGGGCCUUGCUUGCUUCUGAAUCUUCUAGUCAUCAAGUUUUAUUAGCUACUGGGAGUUCUGACGGGAGUGUAAGGAUAUGGGUAGGCCAUUCAGAGGAAAUUAUGAAGUCCACUGAAGUUAAUAAUGCUCCAUUUUAUCCAUUGAAGGAGAUUACAAAUAUUUAUGCUGUCCCAGUCUCGGUGCUUUCACUUAUGCCCUCUCAGUCGCUUCAUAAAAUGCUCUUGGCGGUGGGCAGAACAUCUGGAGCUUUUGAAGUAUGGAUAGGAGACACAUCCGUGAAAAAGUUCAAUAAAGUUGGACAAUAUGAUGCCCAUGACCAAGUUGUUACUGGAUUAGCUUGGGCUUUUGAUGGAUCUUCCUUGUACAGCUGCAGCCAGGAUAAUUUUGUUCGUAGCUGGAAUUUACAUGGGAGUUCCCUGAGUGAAGUGCCUAUUCCUUCAAGUUCUCCUGGGAUGAGGAGCUUCAGUGAUAUACCGGAUGUGUUUAUUUCAUGCCUUGGACUGGUGGUGUCACCAAGUAAUCUUGCAGUUGCUAUGGUUCGCGGUUUUGAUGUUAAUCAAUUGGACCCAAUGUAUGAGGCGAGGCUUCAGAAGGCUGUCGUUGAAUUCUUUUGGAUCGGUGGGCAACAAAAGGAAAUUUUGUCAAGUACUUCCCUGGAGUUUGACAUUGAAGCCUUCCCUGGUUUUACUGAAAAAGGACUGGUUUAUUGGGAGUCCACUAUUUUGUGGUCCAUUAUUUGCAGACGGGUAAUACUGUCAGAGCUGAAGACGGAUGAAAUAAAUAACGACUCGUUAAACUUAGGAGUAGAUGAUGCUAAUUUUGCUCAAGAUAAGCUACUUAACUUAUGGAUGGAGUUACUUUCGAGCAGUGAAAGAGAACUACGAGAGAGGCUUGUAGGUUUAAGUUUUUCCACCUAUAAACAUCUUGCAUCCAGUUCAUCCGCCUCUGAGCCUGGACACUGGUAUCCUCUUGGUAUAGCACAAAUGGAGCAGUGGGCUGCCAUGAAUAAUUGCCAUGUACACAAGCAAAAAAAAGGCGUGGCAACAAAGAUUAAAACCUAUAAAAGGCAGACAUUCUUGAUCAUAUUUGAAGAAAGAAUGUCACGGUGGAGAAAAAGUGAAGAAGAAGAUAAGGAGCGAUGUAGCUAUUGUUCGGCAUUGGUUCCUUUUGAUUCCCCGGAAGUUGCCUUGUGUAGGGGUUUGGAGAGCAAUGAUAGCAAUGGUCAGAAGCAUAAGUUAGCAAGGUGUGCUGUUUCCAUGCAGGUUUGCCCUAUCACUACCCCAUUAUGGCAAUGUAAGUGUUGUGAGAGAUGGAUUUCCAAUCUUGCACCGGAGUCGUUUUUUAUGAUGCCGUCCCCGUCUUCUAUAAAGGUAGUCUCGAAACCGCUAUGCCCCCUUUGUGGGAUAUUGGUUCAGAGGUCACAACCAGAGUUUCUUCUUUCUCCACUGCCUGUUUAAU